AUGACAGUCAGGAGUUGGCUCAUUGCGAUUCUAUCAUUUUGGCUCAUUCUAACCUUAGCUAGACAAGUCUUUGAUCUAGUUGGAAGAUUAUGGAUUUCCGUAUUAUUCAAUCUGCUCCAGAUUGUAUGCUGUCUAACAGGUCUUUUUGGAGUAACACAACGGAGGCCUGCAUUGUUAGCAGCGCUAGCAGUUUCGAAUCUCAUCAGUAUUGCUCAAAACACCCUGAUUUUACUUUGGUAUUGGGGUGUUUUCGGUGACAGAUCGAAAUCGGUUCUAUCGGCCGGAUUGCCGUAUUCGUUUUCUUUCUUCUUACGUUAUACUCCUGGUUGUGAGUCGAAGUUUGAUGUUCAUAGAUCACGAUGGGUUCAGACCUCCUGCUUCCUCUCGUACUAUUAUAUCGAAGCUGGUCAAGCCUUCAUCCAUAUUCUUUUGGCAGCCUUAAGCUUUGUCUUGACUAUGAUCAUCUUCUGCGAAAAGAAGAAGGCUAAAAUGGUUCCAUCCAUGCUACCAUCUUCAAAUCCUACAUACGCUGAUAUAAAACACGGUAGUGCAGCUCUGCCAGCUAUGAAAGCACCACCGACAGCUUCAAGCUCAAUCAACGACGUCAGCAGUGGCUAUAUGAACUCCUCGUUUGAUAACGUCACCAACGAGAAUAUCAGUCAUGAUCCGUUGCCUCCCUUGCCUGUUUACGAUCGUAAUAAUAAACUGAAAAGGAAUAAAAUGAGAACUAACUCUCUACAGCAAAAUACGGACGAUGAAUCAGAGGCUUUUUCUGGAAACAACGAUUUUUAUUCGAAACUGAAUAAACCUCGCGUUCCCAUGGAAGAUACUGGACGUGUACCCGCUGGCAAAUCAAGUGGUAGAUUCAAAAAAUCCACACAACAGAAAAGAAGAGCGACAGUUCACGAGGAACCGUCCUCCGAUGACAUACCUGAGCCAGGAGACAUAGUUCGAAGUUCCAGUGGAAACUUAACCUCCCUAAUAAGUUUUGAUCCGAAAAGCCGCACUCUUCUCAGAAUCAGGGAACAUGUUGCGGAUGAGGACGAGCAGAACAUGGGAGAGUCUAUGGGAUAUAUGAGUAUUGAAAAGGGCUCUCCUACUGAAAUUGCGACAUAUGAGAAGAUUCGAGAAGUGAGUGCAUAUGCUUCUCAACCUGGGCACUCCACUAGGAAGCCUCAACUAGAUCGACAACGAAAUGCUAGUCAAGAUUCUGUUCCUUCUAUAGAUGCUCCUGUGCUAGGCUCUCCAUAUCCGGAUACCAAUAGUUCCGAUUCUGGAGUACCUAGCUCAUCAUGUGAGUCGCAAUGGCCACCACCACCUGCUCGUAUGGAUCUUUGGAAGACGAAGCUGGGUUCUCCUACAAGUAGUGAGAACAAUAGAGAAAAUGAAGUCAGCUCUCCAGGAAUCCGUCUUUUGCAACCGAAAGAAUAUUCUCCGGGUAUACGCUUGACACAUUCUCUAGGCAAUCAACAAAGAUAUAGAAGCUCUUUCCAUAUUCAAAACUCAGAUAACUCUCGUGUAGUUGGUCAUUACCAUGCACCUAAUGAGUUCCAUCUGACAUCAUCAGAGAAGGAGAACUCAGCAUCUCCGAAUGUAGCAAUUAUUAAUGGAAAUGGGUUAUUAGUAUAA